CUCCCGGUUACCGCAGGCCGUGCGGAGCGCCGCGCCGGGACGCCCGCAGCCAUGAAGAUCGUCGUACUGGGAGCCAGCGGCCAGACGGGCCAGUGCGUGGUGACGCAGGCGCUCGAGCAGGGCCACAGCGUCACCGCCAUCGUGCGCAACCCCGACAAGAUCAAGCAGAAGCACGACAACCUCAGCGUGGUGAAGGCCGACAUCUUUUCGGCGGAGGAGCUGACGGCCGCAUUCCAGGGCCACGAGGCCGUCGUGUCGGCGCUCGGCUUCUCCCGCUCCGACAACCCGGUCACCGGCUACACCGAAUCGAUGAAGGCGGUGGCGGCGGCGAUGCGCGCCGCCCAGCUGCAGCGGCUGGUCGUCAUGACCGCCUUCUACACGGACAUCACGUCCGCCCAGGGGCGCGGCUUCCUCGUCAACUGGAUCCUGAUCCCGCUCAUCAAGCGCGUGCUGACCAACAUGCGCGAGAUGGAGGAGUGGCUGGCGGCCGAGGCGCAAGACCUGCGCUGGACCGUGGUUCGGCCAGGCGGCCUCUCCAACCGCGCGCUGCUGGCGCAGACGCCGCUGCAGCAGGCCGACGCCCAGUUCGUGGCCGACCCGGCCGCCGCCACCAUGAUCCCGCGCGCCAACGUCGCCCAGUUCAUGCUGGCCCAGCUGCCGGAGGAUACCUACACGCGCCAGGUGGUGGCUAUCGCGGUGAAGUAGCGCGGCGGGAGCGAGCCCCCGGGCGCGGGCCCCUGGGCGCGGGCCCCGAGCGCGGGCCCCUCGGGCGCGGGCCCCUCCACCGUCCCGGCGCAGAGGCGUGUGCUCUGACCGCGCGAGGCCCGACCGGCCUGGCCGUGGCCGUGAGGGUGCUCCGCAGGGUGGUCGCAGCCCGCAGUCCUGGCCCGCCGCCGCGUGUGACCCGCGCUGUUGCCGUGUCGGGCGGCAGCUGUACCGAGGCUAUGGGCGCGUUCCAAGCACGUUGACAAUAUUCCAGUUGACAAAAACGUGUUGGCUGCGGCGCACUCUGCGACCGUUUGUGUACUCUGGUGUGCAGGGAAAUGUUACAGAUUUCGCACUAUAAAACACGUGAUAUGCUGUUCUUUCGUAUGUAUAGAUCAUGGGUCACCCUGAUUAUAUUUUUCGUGGCAGGGUUUCAAUAAAAUCACGACGGAUGCGCUUAA